GUCCUUUGCGCGACUCGACUGGCUUGCAUCUCUUCACUCGCCCGGGGCACUGGCAGCGGUCGUGCAGUCUUCGUCCUUGUCAGUCAAACGACUUGCAUCUCUCUCUUUGGCCACAUAGUAUCUGCAUCUGCACCCCCUGCAAUGGCGGAUGAAGACACCACACGCCUUUGCGAACAAAUUAUCCGCUCGCAUUUCGGGCCAUUAACUGCAAAAGUGGCCUCCGUUCUGCUCUGCCGCGGACGCAUGCCCUUGCCACACAUCAUCCGCUUCUCCGGGCUCAAGCCGCGCACCGUGCGCGCCGCGAUCCUUGUGCUCGUGCAGCACAACGUACUCUGGCACGCGCAGUCCGACGACGAGGGCGAGGUCCUCGAGUUCAACAUCGACGAGUGCCUCACGCGCCUGCGCUUCGGGCGGUACGUCUGGCAGACCGAGCAGCUCUUCGGGAAGGCGGCCGCGGAAAUCGUUCAGCUGAUCUUGGACCAUGGCAAGCUGCGCCCGCCAGACAUCAUCUCGCGUCUAGCCAUCUACGACCCAGUGAAAGCACGGGCCAAGUACUCGCAAGCACUACAUAAGCUUGUCGAUGACCAUUACCUCAGACCGUCUACCGUCCUGUCUCAUCUCUCACCCCGCGAUAAGCGCAUCCGGUAUGAGGCCGAAGAGAAGGCGAAGAUCUCAGGCUUCCCCACCGCGAAGGAACUGAAGCAGAUGAAGGAGACGGCAGAGAUUCGGAUAAAGCGGGAGGAGGAAGAGGCAGAGCAGAUUGGCAUGAAACGUAAAGCGAAGGACCAGUCGGGGCGGUCGUCGAAGCGGAAAGCCGUGGAAGAGGAUGAAGUCGACGACGAAGUCUACUUCCGUAUCAACUCUGAGAAGCUGAACAUUCAUAUUCGAAAUAAGUUGGUAGAGACCGCGGCAACAGAACGGUUCAAUGAGUGCGCAGGGCUGGUCGUGCGCGCCACGCUCAAAGCCACAGAAGCAAAGCAAAGAAGGCUCACGGACAUCCGCACAGAUCCGACAUCCAUCGCCAACAUUGCAAUGCAGCUAUCUGACGACGACGACCUGUCUGCCGGGCUAGUCCUGCCCUCAUCCAAAAAGCCCAACACCAUUACCCUCCUCAAGGAUUACCUGGGCAUUCUCGCGUCCGCAGAUAACCCAACACCAGCAGGCCGAGCAGCAUCCUUCGUCUCGCUGAGCGGAUCCAAGGUACAGGUAGAGUUUGAGAUCGUCGGCAGGCGCCUCAGGCGACGCGUCUUGGAGGCUGUCACGCGGGAGAGGCACGGGGACGACGGCGUUAGGGUUGUCCGACUGCUCUUGGACACAGGGAAGAUGGACGAGAAGCAGAUCUCCAAAAUCGGCAUGAUGGCGAACAAGGACGUCCGCCCGCUGCUGUCCGCAAUGUCAGCGAACUCGAUUAUCAGCCUGCAAGAGGUGCCAAAGAGUGCGGAUCGAAAUCCGACGCGUAUGUUUUAUCUAUGGUAUGUCGACCUCCAAAAAGCCUAUGCUACUAUCCUGGACAAUCUCUACAAAACGCUAUACAACAUCAGCAUGCGACGACAAGCAGAGGAGGAGGACCCAGCGGUAAAGCCUGUGCUAGAGAAGCGGCAACGCAGCGAUGUUAGUCAGGAUGAGGAGCGGUUGCUGACGCGCAACGAGCGGGAGACGAUCGCGCAGUGGGAGAAGAAGAGGGAGAAGCUGACGGUGCUGGAAAUGCGGGUGGAAGAGGCUGUGUUUAUCCUGAGAGACCUCGCGCCGCUGGGCAGCAAUGAAGAAUGACAGGCGCGCUUUGGACCUGGACGUCGCGUUAACCGUCCUCGUGGAUGACUGAGUGAUUCUUGUCUGCAUACACGCGGUGGGUCCUCUCGCGAGACGUUGCACGAGCUCAACACGCGUGGAGAAUGAAGGCACUUGGGUGCGCGACGGCCAGCCAUCGCCGCCAACGGCGACCGAGGCGAGGAGGGAAGGUGCGGGGGCAGGGAGGGUGAGUGCCCGAGCACAGGACACACCCCGAGACGCACGGACCAGGCGAGGUGGCUCCCGCCCAGGCGCGUGUGCGCGAAAUAAGGUUCGCAUUCAACAAGAC